AUGGCCAAAAUAGUGAGGAAGGAAAGGAUCAGACAAAGAACAUGGAGGAAGGAAGACCAGACAAAGAAAUCCCACACACAUGGAUCAGAAAAUACAGAGGAAGGAUCAGAAGAAGACACAAAAGGAAGGAAAAGGAUCAAGGAAGAAAUAACCCACAGUGGAAAAAGGAUCAGGACAAAGAAAUGGAAACGGAAAAUAAGGAAAAGAUCUCAGGAUAGAAAGACAAAGACUGGAAGAAAGAAAUGGAAGACGGAAGGAAGGAUAGUGGAAAGGAAAAGAAAUGGAAGAAGGAAAGAGUGGAAAGGACAGAAGAAAGGGAAGAAGGAAGGAAAGAAUGGAAGGAAGAAGGAAGGAAGGGAACAUGGGAAAGGAGGAAUGGAUAAAAGAAGAAGGAAGGUGGAGGAAGGACGAAGGAAGAAACGAAGGAAAGAUCAGACGUUGUUUGCGGUGUUCCGGUUUGUACGGGCUGCAUAG